CUCCCUAUCUCACCUUAUCCCCAAACCCCAAAACCUCGCGCGCUCCAAUGGCUGCCUCCCUCCCGACCGCCGCCGCCGCGCGCUUGGCCGCGGCCCAAGCAUUCGCCUUUCCUUCGCCCAAGCCCUCCUCUCCCUCCUCCGUCGCUGCCCUCCCAUGCGCCGCUGUGGGGGUCUUCCCGUCGCUGUCCCUCGCGGCGGCGCCCCCGGGCCGGCGCCCCUGCGGCGCGCGGCCGAAGCCUCCGGCGGCGGGGGCAGGGGGCGAGCAGAGGGAGACGAUACUGCUCCCCGGGUGCGACUACAACCACUGGCUAAUCGUGAUGGAGUUCCCCAAGGACCCCGCCCCCACCCGCGAGCAGAUGAUCGACACCUACCUCAACACUCUCGCCACCGUCCUCGGCAGCAUGGAGGAAGCCAAGAAGAACAUGUAUGCCUUCAGCACGACCACCUAUACCGGGUUCCAGUGCACUGUUGAUGAAGAAACUUCAGAGAAGUUCAAGGGUUUGCCUGGUGUUCUGUGGGUGCUCCCCGAUUCCUACAUCGAUGUCAAAAAUAAGGACUAUGGAGGUGACAAGUACAUAAACGGUGAGAUAAUUCCAUGCACAUACCCAACCUACCAACCAAAGGAGCGGAGAACCUCAAAGUAUGAAAGUAGACGGUAUGAGAGGCGAAGAGAUGGACCCCCAGCCAGCAGGAGACCAAAGCAAGAGGCGCCUCAGACUGAGUCAACAUCUUCAUGAGGCAUGUAUCCACAUAUUACUGAAACAAAAGAGAACGCUUAAUUCUAUCGCUUUGGCACCAUAUACGGGUGAACAGGCAAAUCCACGCUCAUCGCAAAAUAUCAUGCAGUGAUGUGCAAGCGACCUGUGCAACUGGAUUUGGAUCAUGCGGAUGGGUGUUGAUAUUUUGCGCAGACUAUGACAUCUCAGUGUGACAGAGACUGGAAACCCUAAUUAUCUAAAAUGUUACUAUUCUCCCAACACCUAGUGAAUUAUCCUUGUGAUAUUUUCUGUGAUGUCUGGUCUAGUUGUAUUGCUGAUCGUGUGAAAUGUGUUCCAUUUCCCCUUUGAGCUUUGUUUGAACUGAAGUUACUUCUUUUA